CUGCGGAAGCAUGACGUUCAUGCUCCGCCCUAACCGCAUGUAUCCUCCCCAUGAUUCACACGAAUCCGUCCGGUACUGGAAUGCCGGAUGGUUCUACGAGAAGAAUGUUUCCGUUCCGGGUGUCCACGAAGGCCUCCCCCAAUUCGUCAACGAACCUCCAGAAGAACUUGCAAGCUGGAGCUUCGUGCCUCCACUUGCCUUGACCCCAACCUUGGAGAAAGCUGCGCGGAGAAUCUCCUGGCUAGUCCACGACGGACUGACCGGAGCCCAGCUCACGCUUAGCUGGUUCUCCCGGAGAAUCCAGCCUCUUCGCUACAACGCGCGCCUGAUGUGCGCUUAUACCGGGGCGGACGAUCUUCUCCGGGUUACCCGCCAUGAUCUUCCGGCUGAUUCUCUGAAGAGAAGGAUCAAGACGCUGGUGAAGAUUCCGAGGGGCCAACAGGUCCCGGAACUUUUCAAAGAUAUGUACACGAACGAUCAGUGUCCUCCGCUCAACACUUUGGCGGAGGAAAACUUCCGCACCAUCAUUCGCGUCCCCGUCACCGGCGACACGGCGGAGGAGGCUCCGGAAGACGACGAGGAGGAAGAGGACCAGGCACCCCGCAAGGCGGCCCCUCGACCUACAAAGCGUCCCCGCGCCAAAGCUUCCGGCUCUGAAGCCGGAGCUAGCGGCGAGGCCUCCGCCAAGAAGCCGAAGACGACGAAACCACCUCCGCUUGACUCAAGGAAAGCGGAGCGUGCGCGUCUAAGGAUGCUCUCGACGGCUGGCCAGGGCACACGCCCCAUCAUCCCCGGCGCCCCGUACGUUUCCGAACAUGAUGCGACUUUAACUUAG